AUGGCGGGAGGCGCGCGGCUGCUCUGGGUGUCGCAAUUGGCGCUGCUGGCGCUGCUCUGGCCGAAGCCCGGGCUGGGCCGGCCGCAAGAGCGCCUUCGCGUGCGCUUCACCCCGGCCGUAUGCGGCCUGCGCUGCGUCCAUGGGCCCACUGGCCCCCGCUGUACCCCGACCUGCGCGCCCCGCAACGCCACCAGCGUGGACAGCGGCGCACCCGGUGGGGCGGCCCCGGGGGGACCCGGCUUCCGCGCCUUCCUUUGUCCCUUGAUCUGUCAUAACGGCGGUGUGUGCAUGAAGCCUGACCGCUGCCUUUGUCCACCGGAUUUCGCGGGCAAAUUCUGUCAGCUGCACUCCUCCGGCGCCCGACCCCCGGCCCCGGCCAUGCCAGGCCUUACCCGCUCUGUGUACACCAUGCCACUGGCCAACCAUCGCGACGACGAACACGGCGUGGCGUCUAUGGUGAGCGUCCACGUGGAGCAUCCGCAGGAGGCGUCGGUGGUGGUGCACCAGGUGGAGCGUGUGUCUGGGCCUUGGGCGGAGGCGAACGCCGAGGCGGUGGCACGGGCAGAAGCGGCGGCACGCGCGGAGGCGGCGGCGCCCUACACCGUGUUGGGACAGAGUGCGCCCCGUGAGGAUAGCUACUCUGAUGCCUCGGGCUAUGGUUACUGCUUUCGGGAGCUGCGCGGAAGCGAAUGUGCGUCCCCGCUGCCUGGGCUUCGGACUCGUGAAAUUUGCUGCCAAGGGGCCGGCUUGGCUUGGGGCGUUCACGACUGCCAGCCUUGUUCGGAGCACCUGCGAAACUCCGCCCAAAGGGGCUCCCCGGAUAGACCGUGUCCAGCAGGCUUUGAAAGGAUGAAUGGGUCCUGCGAAGAUGUAGAUGAGUGCGCAACCAGGGGGCGCUGCCAGCACGGAGAAUGCGUCAACACUCGCGGCGGGUACACGUGCGUGUGUCCUGAUGGUUUCCUGCUCGACUCGUCCCGCAGCAGCUGCAUUUCCCAACACGUGAUCUCCGAGGCUAAGGGGCCCUGCUUCCGCGUGCUUCGCGACGGCGGCUGCUCGCUGCCAAUCCUGCGUAACAUCACCAAACAGAUCUGCUGCUGUAGCCGAGUAGGCAAGGCCUGGGGCCGGGGCUGCCAGCUCUGUCCACCCUUUGGCUCAGAGGGGUUUCGGGAGAUCUGCCCGGCUGGCCCCGGUUACCACUACUCGGCUUCUGACCUUCGCUACAACACCAGACCCCUGGGCCAGGAGCCACCACGCGUAUCCAUCAGCCAGCCUCGCCCCCAGCCUGCCACUCCUGCAGGCUUUCUGCCCACCCAUCGCCCAGAGCCCCGACCUGAACACAGACUUGAACCCCAGCCUGGCCCUGCUGAGCUUCCCCGGCCCAGUAUCCCUGCCCGCCCUGGUUCUGAGAGUUCUGAGUCAGCUCCCCCCGUGUGUCAGCGCAAUCCCCAAGUCUGCGGCCCCGGACGCUGCAUCCCUCGCCCCAGUGGCUACACUUGCUUGUGUGACUCGGGUUUCCGGCUCAACCCCCAGGGCACACACUGCAUCGACUUAGACGAAUGUCGCCGCGUACCCCCUCCCUGUUCUCCCGGGCGCUGUGAGAAUUCUCCAGGAAGCUUCCGCUGCGUGUGCGGCCCGGGUUUCCGAGCAGGCCCGCGGGCCACGGAGUGCCUGGACGUGGACGAGUGCCACCGCGUGCCCCCGCCGUGUGACCGCGGGCGCUGUGAGAACACACCAGGCAGCUUCCUGUGCGUGUGCCCAGCCGGGUACCAGGCUGCACCACAUGGAGCCAGCUGCCAGGAUGUGGAUGAGUGCACUCAGAACCCAGGCCUAUGCGGACGAGGCCGAUGUGAGAACUUGUCCGGCUCUUUCCGCUGUGUUUGCCCGGCUGGCUUCCGGGGCUCAACAUGUGAGGAAGAUGUGGAUGAAUGCUCCCAGGAACCACCACCCUGUGGACCAGGUCGCUGUGAUAACACAGCUGGUUCCUUUCACUGUGCUUGUCCCUCUGGCUUCCGCUCCCAAGGGCCAGGGGCCCCCUGCCAAGACAUAGAUGAGUGUGCCCGGAACCCUCCGCCCUGUGCCUAUGGCCGGUGUGAGAAUACAGAAGGUAGCUUUCAGUGUGUCUGCCCCACGGGGUUCCAGCCCAAUGCAGCCAGCUCCCAGUGUGAAGAUGUGGAUGAGUGUGAGAACCACCUGGCUUGUCCUGGACAGGAAUGUGUGAAUUCACCUGGCUCCUUCCAGUGCAGGGCCUGUCGAGCCGGUCACCACCUGCACCAUGGCCGAUGCAUUGAUGUGGACGAAUGCAGUGCAGGUACCCCCUGUGGACCCCAUGGUCACUGCACUAACACGGAUGGCUCCUUCCGCUGCAGUUGUAUGUCAGGCUAUCGGCCCCCAGCCAGUCAGCCUGGACCUUGUGCAGAUGUGAACGAGUGCCUGGAAGGAGAUUUCUGCUUCCCCCACGGCGAGUGUCUUAACACGGACGGCUCCUUUGCCUGCACCUGUGCCCCAGGAUACCGGCCUGGACCCCGUGGAGCCUCUUGUAUUGACGUAGACGAAUGCAGCGAGGAGGACCUUUGCCAGAGCGGCAUCUGUACCAACACAGAUGGCUCUUUCGAGUGCAUCUGUCCUCCGGGCCACCGCGCCAGCCCAGACCUUGCCUCCUGCCUCGAUGUGGACGAAUGCCGUGAAAGGGGCCCGGCCCUGUGUGGGGCCCAGCGCUGUGAGAACUCCCCCGGUUCCUACCGCUGUGUCCGAGACUGCGACCCUGGGUACCACGCGGGUCCAGAGGGCACCUGUGACGAUGUGGAUGAGUGUCGAGAAUAUGGCCCCACAAUUUGUGGGGCCCAGCGCUGUGAGAAUACCCCUGGCUCCUACCGCUGCACACCAGCCUGUGACCCUGGAUAUCAGCCCACACCAGGGGGCGGAUGCCAGGAUGUGGACGAGUGUCGGAACCGGUCCUUCUGUGGGGCCCACGCCAUGUGUCAGAACCUGCCUGGCUCCUUCCAGUGCCUCUGUGACCAGGGCUACGAGGGGGCGCGAGAUGGGCGUCACUGCGUGGAUGUGAAUGAGUGUGAAACACUGCAGGGCGUGUGUGGCACUGCCCUGUGUGAGAAUGUUGAAGGUUCCUUCCUCUGUAUCUGCCCCACCAGCCCUGAGGAGUUUGACCCCAUGACUGGACGCUGUGUUGCCCCCCGGACUUCUGCUGGUGUGUUUCCAGGCUCACAGCCCCAGGUGCCCUCCAGUCCCCACCUGCCUGUCAGGCCGCCUCCACCCCGCCGGCCCAGUGCACCACGGCAGGGUUCUGUGAGCAGCGGACGCCGAGAGUGCUACUUCGACACAGCGGCCCCAGAUGCAUGUGACAACAUCCUGGCAUGGAACGUGACAUGGCAGGAGUGCUGCUGCACGGUGGGCGAGGGCUGGGGCAGUGGCUGCCGAAUCCAGCAAUGCCCAAGCACUGAGACAGCGGAGUACCAGUCCUUGUGCCCCCAUGGCCGGGGCUACCUGGCACCCAAUGGAGACCCGGCCCUCCGGAGAGACGUGGACGAGUGCCAGCUUUUCCAAGACCAGGUGUGCAAGAGCGGCGUGUGCGUGAACACGGCCCCGGGCUACUCAUGUUAUUGCAGCAACGGCUAUUACUACCAUACUCAGCGUCUAGAAUGCGUCGACAAUGAUGAGUGCGCGGACGAGGAGCCGGCUUGUGAGGGCGGCCGCUGCGUCAACACCAUAGGCUCCUAUCACUGCACGUGUGAGGCCCCACUCGUGCUCGAUCGCUCGCGGCGCCGCUGCGUCUCCAACGAGAGCCAGAGCCUCGAUGACAAUCUGGGCGUGUGCUGGCAGGAAGUGGGGGCUGACCUUGUGUGCAGUCGCCCACGGCUGGACCGCCAGGCUACCUACACAGAGUGUUGUUGCCUCUACGGGGAGGCCUGGGGCAUGGACUGCGCCCUCUGCCCUGCCCAGGACUCAGAUGACUUCGAGGCCUUGUGCAAUGUGCUGCGACCCCCUGCAUAUGGCCCCCCGCGGCCAGGUGGCUUUGGACUGCCUUAUGAGUAUGGCCCAGACCUAGGUCUGCCUUACCAGGGCCUUCCAUAUGGGCCUGAGUUGUACCCACCACCCGUGCUACCCUACGACCCCUACCCACUGCCACCUGGACCCUUCGCACGACGGGAGGCUCCCUAUGGGGCACCCCCCUUUGACAUGCCGGACUUUGAAGAUGAUGGUGGUCCCUAUGAGGAAUCAGAGGUUCCUGCCCCUCCCGGCCCCAGCAGCAGGUGGCGCUAUCGGUCUCGCGAUACCCGUGGCUCCUUCCCGGAUCCAGAGGAGUUGCCUGAAGGCGGCCGCUAUACUGGCGCCUUGACUGAACCCUAUGAGGGUCUAGAAGCCGAGGAAUGCGGGAUCUUGGAUGGCUGCGCACACGGCCGAUGCGUUCGCGUCCCAGAAGGCUUCACUUGCGAUUGCUUCGACGGCUAUCGCCUGGACAUGACUCGCAUGUCUUGUGUCGAUAUCAAUGAGUGUCUUGAGACCGAAGAAGCCGCCUCUCCCUGUGUCAAUGCGCGCUGCAUCAAUACCGAGGGCUCUUUCCGCUGCCUCUGCCGCCCAGGAUUCACACCCUCUCACCAGCCGCACCAUUGCGCACCCGCCCGGCCCCGGGCUUGA